GGGCCGCAGUUGUCUUCAGUGUCUUUCAGCGGCACACACAGAUUUCAACAGAAAUACAAACAGACAGCAGUGAAAUUACAACACGAACACAAACUGAUUAUAACAUCGAUUAAACACGACACAUUUAACUACUGAAGACUUAUCUACUGGUCUACGUGUGUGGCGUAGCCUCUUCAGGACAAGAUAAUCGGUUAUAUUUGCAAUGGAGGAGCUCCAUAUCCAUUGCUUGAAAUGUGUGAACCGACGCUGUAUGAUAAGACCAGAGGCUAGUGUGUCCUGUGACCUCAUGGGUUGCCCUCUUGUGUGCGGAGCCAUUUUCCAUUCAUGCAAACUGAAUGAACAUCGCUUACUGUGUCCAUAUGAAAGAGUGCCAUGUCUGAACCAUGGAUUUGGAUGUCCGUUUACCAUUCCCAGGAUCAAACUGGCAAAACAUCUCGAAACAUGCCCAGCCAGCGUCGUAUGUUGUACUAUGGAAUGGAAUCGCUGGCCCGUUAGUUACUCCGAUCGCAAAUCCUACGAGCACUUGAGUAAGGAAGUUUGUGACGUGGACCAACUUGACAUGGCUUUGGCUCUUCAGGAUCAGCGUAUGCUGUUAGAGUCGCUUAAAUUGGCAACCACUGUAACGAAAACCCUAGAAAAGCAAAAUCAUGAAAAUGAAAGAAUGAACUCGGAAAAUGCAUUGAUCCGAACGGAGGUUGAAGGAUACAGAGAUUUGGUGGAGAACAAUACAGACUUUGCAGCCACGUUCGAUGUUCUCAAUAGUGCGAAGAAUAUUGACUUGAUUGUGAAAGAUCUAGAUGAGGAGAAGAAUGGGGCUUGUAGAGAUGUCAAGAAUGGUGAUGGGAACUUUAGGAGUGAAGAAAUGAAGGAAAGUGACACGGACUCGGACUCCGAUCUGGGAGCUGUGGGUGGAGCUGAUUGUCCUUUUCCUAUGGACCCAGAAGAAGAAGGAGACGAUUGGUUGGAGAACAACGAAUAUGGCGAGUCUUCUGAGGAAGAAGAAGUGAUAGCUGGGGUAGAACUUAAUGGACUCAAUGGAUUUCAUGAGGAACAUGACGAUGACAACCAGGACAAUCUCGAAAGGGUUUCAGAUGCUUCAAGAAUGAAUGGUUCCUCAAGUCUCAGGCAGGUGUUGCCUUAUCAUUCCAUGCCUAUUGUAGCACAGGAGCAAGUUUUGGCCCAACUACCUCUUCCUUUGCCCAUGCCUCUGCCUAACCUUUUGCACAACAACGUCCUGCACCAUUUGCCUUUUAGCAUCGAAGAUCGAUGGCUGAAUCGCAAGUUGGAGAAUCUCCAGGCACUUAGGGGCAUGAACUUGUUUACAAUUAACGGGCGUAAAGCUAUGUUGUCUGACCCCUAUUUACUCAAAGCCAAGAUGGAGGACAAAGCUGUCGACACAUCUGACCUUGAGGUGGCAGAUGAUCCGAUGGGUCUUAAUGGCAUUGACCUCAUCACUGCUGCCUUGCUCUUUUGCCUAGGGGACUCACCCGGUGGCCGAAGCAUCUCGGACAGCCGCUUCGUUGAUAGGUAUCGCAUCGACUUGGGCACUCAGACCUUCUCCCUUCCUUCUGCCAUACUGGCCACGAGCACCAUGGUGGGUGACAUUGCCUCAGCAUCUGCCUGUGACCACGCCAGUCCACAAUUAUCCAACCCCAGUCCAUUCCACACCCUCAGACUAGAUCUGGUUCUGGAGUGUGUGACUCGCUAUCAGACCAAACAGCGCUCCAUGUUCACAUUCGUGUGCGGACAACUGUUUCGCAGGGAUGAAUUCUCGUCCCAUUUUAAGAACGUCCAUGGAGACAUCCACGCAGGUCUUAGCGGAUGGAUGGAGCAAAGAUGCCCGUUGGCGUAUUACGGAUGCACAUACUCACAAAGAAGGUUCUGCCCCUCGGUACAAGGUUCUAGGAUAAUCCACGACAGAUAUUUGGGCUCAUUCGGGGUCCAGCAUGGCUUAGUAGCUUGUCCGGAUGAACCUUUCGCCAGAAGCACCUGUCAUUUUGGACUGCGCUGUGACCAUCUAAGCGACCUGCCCUUUGAGUUACUCCAGCAUAUUGCAGGCUUCCUUGAUGGCUUCAGCUUGUGCCAGCUGUCCCGGGUGUCAAGCACUAUGAGGAAUGUGUGUGCCAGUUUGCUUCAGGCUCGUGGCAUGGUGGUCCUGAUCUGGGGGAAGACAAAGCGUGCUGAUGGAACCUCAUCCUGGCGGGUACAAGACAAGGUGUGGAGAUUCAGUACUGCUUUCGACACUGUGAACGAGUGGAAGUUUGCCAACAUUUCCAGCAUGGCCGACCACCUGAAGACAUGCAAGUUUAACACAGUAGCACGCAGAGAAGAUGCUGUACCGCUCCCGUGCAUGAGCUUCACAAGAGAACUCACAAAGGAGGGGCGAUCUCUCCGUUCAGUACUGAAACCAGUUAUAUAGAUGACACUCAAAAACAAACAGAUAUGCUGCUCACAGGAGUUUCUGGUUCUUUUAUCAUACAUCAGAUGUGACAUGUUAACAUUAUGCCUUAUCUGUUCAAGUGUACUGUAACAAUGUUUAAUGAAAAACAAAUACAACAAAAUAUACUGUAGCCUUAACUUAAAGGGACAGUUCACCCAAAAACGAAACUUCUGUCUUUAUUUACUCACCCUCAUGCUGUUCUGAACACAAAAGAAGAUAUUUUGAUAAAUGAUGGUUACUACACAGUUGAUGGUGCCCAUUGGCUUCCAAAGUAUUUGUUUUUCCCUACUAUGGAAGUCAAUGGGUACAGUCUACUGUGUGCUUACCAUCAUUUAUCAAAAUAACUUCUUUUGUGUUCAUCAGAAUAAAAAAAAACUCAUACAGGUUUAGAGCAACAUGAGGGUGAGUAAAUGAUAACAGAAUUUUCAUUUUUGGGUGAACUAUCCCUUCAAUUUACCCCCGUUUUCUCAACAAAUAAUAUUUUUCAUGUAUGCACUCUUAAAAAUAAAGAUGCUACACGCAGCCGUAAAAUAACCUUUUUUUUUUGGGUUGUAAGGUUCAGUAAAAAAUUUUAACAUCCGAACAACCUUUGUUUCACGUAUUUGUAGUAUGAAAAGGUUCUUGAGAUUAUAAAAAGAUAAGAAAGAAAUUGUUCUUUUAAGAUCAUUUGUUUAUUUCUGUAACCAAAAUGGUUAUUUUAUGGCAUUAGUGUAAAGAACCUCUUGUACACUGCAAAAAAUCUCAGUAUUUUUGUCUUGUUUUCAGUAAAAAGAUCUAAAAAUUCUUAAACUAAGAUGCUUUUUUUU